GUGUCGCCUCAUCCCCGUAUAAGAUGAUGAGCGUUGGUAGCCGCGCACCCUCUCCCAUUUCUCCACCCCUUCGCUGCGCAGGCAAAUUCCUCUUCCGGAGACUCGUUUGUUGCCAUCUCAGUCACCGCGGAUCCUUUUCCUCUGGCCGAUAGUAGAAAUCAAGGAUUCUUAGGAAGUGGGCGAGAUAAGCGUUCUUGCUACCAGGGUAAAUUGCUGGAGCUUCUGGCCUUCUUUUUUUUCUUGCGGGGUUCUUUGAUCGGGUGAGUUAGGCUUCCAGUGAGGGCGUUUUUCUAGGUGAAUUUUCUUAGAGAAGACGGAAGAAUCUGGUCUCAUGAGAAUUGUCAGGGGAACUCAGAGAUUGGUUUACGGCAAGGGGGAAACCGUGCUGGGACAAGACGAAUCAAUUGGUUGGGAUUUCGCGAUCGGUUCUGCUAAGGUCAAAACUCGUGAUAAAGGGAUCAUUUGGGCUGUGGAUCUCUAAGUAGGGAAGCGUUUGAAGGAAAUCAAGAGCAGCAGACGAGAUACUUUAUACAGAGAACAAUGACUAGAAUCUUUGUUCAGCGUGGUUCUUCUUCCUCAAAUUCUAAUCGAUCUCAAUCAAAUUCGGGAUCGCACUCUUCCCAGGAUUCCUCUAGUUCUAGGGAGGACUCAGAAAAACAGAUUGUUGAAGAUCGGAAUCCAAUAGAAGAUUCUGGAGAUCGCUUAGAGAAUGUCGAGGAUAAAAUCUUGAACUCUGAUGGAUCUUCUCAAGGAAUUAAUGUUGAGGGUGGGACUAAUAUAUGUGCUGAAGAAGUCAAGUUUUCAACUAAUGAUGUCCUGGAUUCUGCUGUUUGUAAGGGAGAAACUAGUGAGCAUCAUUUGGGCCAAGAAGCUGCUGUUCGAUCCAGCAUAGCUACAUUAGUAAUUGGUUCAUCUCAGAUUGCUACAAGUGCUUCCUACCCUCCACCGCCUCCAGCCCCACCAUUGAAUCCUUUUUCAACUAAUCAGAGUUCUAGGAGAAUGGGAUUAGGAUUGUCAAACUCUGUGAGGAUUGGUUCUUCAAGAAGGCAAUCAGCUUGGCCAGUUGUUGGAACACGUUCACCUUCAAACUCUCAUCCUUCUUCCCCCAGGUUAUAUGGUGAAGGGGACGGUUACAACAGUGCUGAUGAGCAAGGCCCUGGCUAUGUGGCCUCAUAUGGUGAUCCGGAGAGAGAAAGACUGUUUGAAUUUGAGAUACGACGGACAAAAGGUUUUGAAGUGAAAAAGAUGUUGGAGGAUGGAAAUUGCCUUUUUCGAGCUGUUGCGGACCAAGUUUAUGGUGAUGUAGAAGCAUAUGAUAUGACACGGCAAAUGUGUGUUGAUUACAUGGAAAAGGAACGGGAUCAUUUUUCUCAGUUUGUAAUUGAAGGCUUCACAUCAUACUGCAAAAGAAAAAGAAGAGACAAGGUCCAUGGAAACAACAUUGAGAUCCAGGCAUUUGCAGAAAUGUACAACCGCCCUAUACAUAUCUACUCCUAUAGCCCUGAACCUAUUAACAUCUUUCAAGGGAGUUAUGUCACUGAUGUUCCUCCUAUUCGGUUAAGUUAUCAUCAUGGCAACCAUUACAACUCACUUGUUGAUCCACGUAGGACGACAGUGGGUGCAGGUCUUGGAUUCAGUAGUCUUCGAGGAAGAAACAUAAACACGGAUCAGGUGAAGGCUGCCAUUAAAGCACAGCAAGACCAGCAAAUUGAUAAUGCACUUGUGGCUGAGGGGCGCUUCUACUCUGAUCUGGAACUAACCGAGAAGGAAAUUGAGAGGAUGGUGAUGGAGGCUUCACGAGCUGAGUAUUUGGCUAAGAAGGUGAAGCAGUAUCCAUCCUUUAUCGAGUCAUCGACAUCCAGGGCAGAACCAUCAUCUUCUGUGGCUAAAACAGGGUCGUCACAAUCUUUAUUAGAGGGCGAGGAUGAGGUCUUGUUGCCAGAGAUGAUGCUGACCAGCAGCAUGCAGGCGGUUCUGUCCAUGGGCUUCGGCUACAUGCAGGCAAGGGAAGCCUAUAGCAUCUUUGGCGACGAUGUGGAUUCAAUGAUCUGCUACCUGCUGGAGAUGGGCAACAGUGGCACUUCACUGGCCGAGGGGAAGAAUGGACACAAGGGGAAAGCAGCGGAGUGAGCCGAUUUAAAGCUGGGAUUUUGUAGUCGGUGGGAGUCAUACGGACACAUGAGAAGUGUUUUUCCUACAAAGAAACAGAGAUAUGGGCAAGACAAGUCUCUUAUGUUUCACGUGUUUUUCAGUUUUUGUGGUAGUAGCCAGAACCAGUCCGGUAAAAUGCUUUAGGGGACUUUAAAUGCAUCAACUCCGUGAGCGCGUUUGUGAAAA